AUGUCGAAUUCUCCUUUCAAAGUUAUCAUCGUGGGCGGUGGCCCUGUCGGCCUCACCGCAGCCCAUGCCCUCGCUCACGCAGGCAUCGACUUUGUCGUUCUCGAACGCCGGGACUCGGUGGUCCUCGAUCAAGGCGCUAGCCUGGUACUUGGGGCCUCUUCUCUGCGAAUAAUGCACCAACUGGGCCUCCUCGAUCAACUGCUAGCUAUUGGUGGAGAGCUUCGCCAGGUUCAGGCGUAUACGCGAGAGGGACAGGUAUUCCGCAAUACCAAUCCCUUCAAAUUCAUGCGUAAGAAUCAUGGAAUUGCCCCCGUUGCGUUCCACCGCGCACACUUGGUUCAAACCCUAUAUGAUUUACUCCCAGAGAAGGCCAAAGCGCAGUACCUACUCAGUAAAAAGGUCAGUGAUAUCGAAUCAAGCGACACCGGGGUUCGAGUCACCUGCGCUGAUGGCACCUCGUUCGAAGGAUCUAUGGUCCUUGGAGCAGACGGCGUCCACAGUAAAACCCGGCAGUUGAUGCGCGGACUCGCCCUGGCCGCGGACCCCACGCGGAGCUGGGAUGCCGCAAGCCCCUUCACGGCCGAGUACAAAUGCUUGUGGUGCAGUUUCCCGAGACGGACUGACGUCGGGCAUGCUACCGAAACCCAGAGCAAGGAUUAUUCGGUCAUGUAUCUCUCCGGGCGCGAACGUGGAUGGAUCUUCCUCUACGAGCGCUUGCCACAGCCAACAUCCGAUCGAGUAGACUACUCGACGGAAGACAUAGAGGCAAUGGCGGCACGGUUUGCCGAUUUCCCUAUCACCGAUACGCUGAAGGUGAAAGACGUGUACGCGGAGCGGUUCACCGCGGGCAUGGCGAAUCUGGAUGAAGGCAUUCUCCAGCACUGGGGAUGGGGACGGGUCGUUCUCGCGGGAGACGCAUGUCACAAAUACACACCCAAUGCUGGACUCGGGUUCAAUAACGGCAUCAAGGACGUAGUGGUCCUGUGUAACGGGUUACACAAGGCGCUACAGAGCGCAUCGGGUAAGCCAUUAGACACUGCCGCGCUAGGUCAGAUAUUCGACGAAUAUAAAAAAGAACGCGCCGGGCCAGUUCGUUCAGAUGCGGGGCAGUCAGCGAGCACAACACGGUUGCAUGCGUGGGCCAAUUCGCUGUACUUUCUCGCAGCGCGGUACAUCAUGUCGUGGGAGGUGGUUGAAGGAUUUCUGAUCAACUACCUAGGCGCACGCGCGAUGAAGCAGUCCCCGGUGCUGGGGUAUGCCCCUGCGACGGAGCCGUUCGUUGGGGCUGUCAAGUGGGAUCACCCGAUACCAGCGAUAGACAAGGAGCUUGUUUGUUAA